UCGAAAGUGACCGUCGGUUCACUCUCACUAUCGUUGUUGUGCUCCCAAGUCGUACGCACACGUGCAUCAGACACCUCUCUCGCAUCCGAUAAAAAUUAUUGUAUUAUUAUCAACGCACCCGACACCGUGCGUACAACAUUAAACAGUAAAAUUAAUUCAAAACUAUCGGUUUUCCGUAAUUUUUUUUUCUUCUUCGUAAUCCUUCACCGGCCAACACCCAUACACGCACGACGUCUCCAAUGGAAAUCGUUAAGAUCGCGGUGCUCCUGUGCACUACUAUUCUCAGUGCAUCCGGAUCCACGACCAACGUGAACGGCCGAACCCGGAGACAGAGUUUCGCAGACUUCUUGCCAUGGAAUUCCAGGAUCGGUGCGGCCGAGUCCCAAGCCGCCGGCACCAUGGUGACGGGGGCCCAGAGCGUGGCCCUGCAGAACGUGGCGGACGUGUGCCUGACCAGCAUACCGUGCAACCCGCGGGCCCGGUACCGGAGCUUCGACGGCAGCUGCAACAACCUGCAGCAACCGGGAUGGGGUUCGGUGAACACGGCGUUGGUCCGACUGUUGCCGGCCGCGUACCAGGACGGCGAGAGCAGACCGAGAUUGACCUCGUUCGGACGAGUGCUUCCCAGUGCCCGGCUAAUCCGUACGACACUGUUCCCGGAGAGGAACGUGCCCGACAUUCGGUUCACGCUUGCCGUUAUGCAGUGGGCGCAAAUUGUUGCUCAUGACGUCACCCUGCUCACAGAGAAAUCAGCUCCGGACUGCUGUGCUAGCAACGGUAAACUGUUGCCUAUUGAAACAUUACAUCCCAACUGUUUCCCCAUCCCUGUACCCGCCAACGAUCAUUUUUACUCUAGAUUCGGUACAGCAUGUUUACCGGCCAAAAGAACCGUAUCCUCGGAUGACUUUGGAUGCACAUUAAAACCGCAACAAAAGGUGAUAGCGACGACCCAUUUCCUGGACGCUUCUCUGGUGUACGGUGCGACGGGUCAGACGGCUGGAAAUCUAAGGUCGUUCAGAGCGGGCAGGAUGAGGGCACAGAUAACGAGAGACGGCCGAAUGUUCAUGCCCAACGUCAAUACGCCCACACAGUCCUGCAACGUGGCCACGAAUUCGGAAGUCUGCUACAGAGCGGGCGAUGGCCGCGUGAAUCAACAUCCCGACAUGGCCGUGUCGCAAGUGGCUCUUUUGCGGUUGCACAACUUCUUGGUGACGGAGUUCGCGCAGCUCAACCCACUGUGGACCGACGAGAUACUGUACCAGGAAGCCAGAAAAUUCGUCAUCGGAAUCAUCCAACACAUCACGUACAACGAGUUUCUGCCGAUUUUGUUGGGUGAAAACUAUGUACGCGAAAACGGUAUUUCUCCACUGAAACAAGGUUAUAGUAAUCUGUACAAUUCAAACAUCAAUCCUUCCACUCUAGCUAGCUUUGCCGGCGGAGCAUUUAGAUCGUUGCACAGUCUGGUCCCAUCUGUUUUCAACUUGGUGAAUGAAGAUCGUGAAAACGGCGGUAUUCCGACACGUUUCAGUGAAUGGAUGAACAAGCCUGGAAUAAUUCAAAGACCUGGUAACUAUGAUAUGUUCUUGAGAGGCAUAGCGACACAACCGCAACAAGGCCAAGACAUAUUUUUCAGCGAAGAGAUUACUGAUUUGCUGUUCAGAGCAAAUGGACCUUUGGGUCAAGAUUUGGUAGCCAAAGAUAUUCAACGUGGUAGGGACAUGGGAAUACCCUCAUAUAAUCAUUUUAGGACUCUGUGUGGGUUACCAAAAGCUACGUCAUUCGACGAUCUUAGAGAUGUUAUGGACGAAGAGAGAAUCGAACGUUUAGCCAAAAUAUACCCGACAACCGAUGAUAUCGAUUAUUUGGUCGGUGGAAUGCUCGAAAGAAUCAUACCCGGAACACUUACCACCCCAUCAUUCAGAUGCGUUCUAGGCGAAGGGUUCUUCCGUUACAAGUCGGGUGAUCGUUUCUUCUACGAGUACGAUAUAGCGCCAGGAGCAUUUACACCAGAUCAAUUGACCAUCAUCAGAAGGUUCUCGUUAUCCACACUCAUAUGUUUGACUGGCGACAACAUACAGACGAUGCAGAGAAACGCGUUCCUGCAAAUCAACCCCGGAAAUGCAUUAAUCCCGUGCAGACAGAUUUUGGCGGAGUUAGAUUUGUCACCAUGGAGAUUCCAAAGUUAACCUCUACAAUGAACAUUGGAUGGGACCUCGAAACGUUGCGUUUGUGAUAUAUUAUAUUGUAUAUUAUAGUAAUAGGAGUUAAUGUUAAGGAUUCAAUGUUUAAUUAUUUUUAUGUUUAGU